AAUUAAAGGGUAAAAAUGCAGGAGUCUCGUUUGACAGGCUGUCAAGUAUUGACUGUGUUGAUUCCGAUGUCUCCACCGCUGAUCGGCGUGGAGGAGGAAAGCGGUUCGAGUAAGAUAACUUUACUCGGUACUUCAGGCUCCAUGGAUAGUGUGUGCCAGAACAAUGCCGAAUUGAAGGAACGCAACUACAUGGGCUUGUCUGAUUGUUCUCCCAUGGAUAGCUCUAUUGUCUCCCUUGCAUCCGAGGAAAGCAAGUCUAGUUUGAAUCUGAAGGCAACUGAGCUUAGUCUUCGGCUUCCUGGAUCCCAGUUGCCUGAAAGAAAUCCGGAGCUUUGCUUGCUAAGCACAGCUCAACUCAAUGAGAAACCCCUUUUCCCAUUGCAUCCUUCAAGUGAUGGUCACUGCACUGCAUUGCAGAAGACUGUUGUUUCAGGCAACAAAAGAAGGUUCUCCGAUGCCAUGGAUGGGUUCUCUGAGGGUAAAUUUCUUUCUAACUCAAAAGUAAGUGUGAUGCCGUCAUCCAGGAGGCCUUCUUCGAACUUGGGACUGAAAUCAGGUUAUGUGCUUGAGAACCUUGGGUCUCAAUCAACAAAAGCCAAAGAGAUCACGAACCUGAAUGUGGUACAGGAUAGACCUUGUCAUGCUAAUAAUACCAUGCCCGAUCCUAAUGCGACUACAAACGAUAACAGUGGAGCACCAGCUAUCAAGGCACAGGUUAUUGGUUGGCCACCUAUUAGAGCAUUCAGAAAAAACUCACUGGCCUCUAAUUCCAAGAAAACUGAUGAAGUAGAUGGAAAGGUCGGGCCUGGUGCCCUGUUUGUUAAGGUCAGCAUGGAUGGUGCUCCUUAUUUACGGAAAGUGGAUUUGAGAAACUACUCUAAAUAUCAGGAGUUUUCUUCUGCUCUUGAGAAGAUGUUCAGAUGUUUUACCCUAGGUCAAUGUGGAUCUCAUGGAACCCCGGAUAAGGAGCAGACGAGCAAAAGGAAGCUGGAGGAUCUGCUGCGUGGAUCAGAAUUUGUUCUUACUUAUGAGGAUAAAGAUGGUGACUGGAUGCUUGUGGGUGAUGUCCCAUGGGAGAUGUUUAUUGAUACCUGCAAAAGGCUGAGGAUCAUGAAAAGCUCUGAUGCCAUCGGACUCGGAAUCAGAGCUAGCUAGCGUCCGUAGAUUAUUUUCGCUAUCCAAAUCAGCAGCCUCUCCGGAGAAGAUGUAGAAGCACUUUCGUGAUUCUUUCCAUCAGAUGAGAGGAUGCUGGAGCGGAUAGGAGAUCAAGUUUAUCUAUACGUUGCAACAUUUAUCUUUGUCUGGCGAGGGGAUUCAAAACAAGUAAGCCUGUUUUUAGUGUAAGAAAGUUAUAUAAAAACCAUCAAGACUUAAAACAUUUGUGAGUAAUUUUACGAUUCAGUCGAUUUAGAGUCCGGACCAA